AUGUUUCCAUUGCGCAUUCAUUGCUUCCAACUAUUUCACCCUUUGAAACGAGUCGGAUGUUGGAGGAGCAAUGGUGGUACUUCUAGUAAUCAAGCAGUACCUUCCACAUCAUCAGUGAUUUCUUCCGCUAAAAAGCAGCAAUAUUCUGGGAGGAUGAUGAACGAAAAUGAAAUCAAACAGGAUCGCCAACGUUUUGCGGAAUUAUUUCGACGUUCAAAAUUUGUACAGCUCGCUGAUUUUGAAGGACGAAUAGUUAUAGGUGAAAUUGUACGCCGAAUCGCGGAUGAUUUAUAUAUUGAUAUGGGAUUGAAAUUUAACGCCGUGUGUAAAGCACCAAUCAUAAAAAACGAAAGUUAUAAAAUAGGCGCAAAGGUUCUUCUUCGUUUGCAUGACCCUGAACUUUCUGAGCUGUUUUUGGGUUCCACAAAAGAGUUAACGUUGUUGGAAGCAGAUGCAACUCUUCUUGGUCUGUAUCGUCCAGAUUUGGAUGAAUCAAUGAAAACUGUGUUUCUUGAAAGCAUAGAAAAAGAAGUAAAGAGGAUUGAAGCUUCAAUAUCGAAAGAUGCUGCUGGUGAAUCGGAGUUGAGAGAAUCUGUUGCAAUUACUAGCGAGAUAUGA